UAUCAACAUAAAUAAAAACAAAAAUAAUAGCAAAAGAAUAGAUCUAACAUGAACUAAUCUUCGGAAACUAAUCUAGAUCUACAGACAUCAAAUACUAUGGCAGCAAAUGUUCCUAAUGUAAAGUGGAUUCCCCCCUUGCCUCCGGGUUGGGAAGCAAGAUAUGACCAAAUAAAAAGAGCCUACUUCUUUAUUAACCACAAGACUCGCACGACCCAAUGGGAGGAUCCAAGAUUUCAGCAGCCUGCAGCAUCCCCGCGGCACCAGCAGGGAGAGUCCAGUGCGGCCGCAGCUGCUGCAUUCCAGUCUCUAGGACAAAUAGGUGACAGUGUAAGAAGCUAUGAGAGUGUGGCUCUACGAGACAUGAACAGACCCAAUUCUGCCAGUUCACAGGAUAGUGACACAGAUUCAUCCCUUAAAGAAUCCAGUCUGACGAACAAGAUCAAUGCAGCCAAAGUGGACAAGUUAAUGGCUGAAUACCCCAGCGCAGGCAGGGACAUUAUUGUGGACAUGCUCGCACUCUAUCAAAACGAUGAACGUCUUACAAAAGAGCAACUCCAGAAUCUGGGUUUUCAUCCAUUGAAAACACUAGGAACAAACUCCACACCCGCAAAACGUUCUGCAUCACCAUCAAGAAAUACUGCUGCAUCUCCGUCAAGAAGUUCAGCCGCAUCUCCACACAGAAAUGGCAAAAAAAAGGAAGGCAGCCACCAUCAUUCACAUACACCAGCCAAAUCCCAGCAGCCCCCACAACCAGCGGCUAAGGCGGAGCUUUCAGAGGCUGAUAAAUCAAGAGUUUUCAACCAACUGAAGAAUGCAUUCCCUAAUGUAGACACUGAUGUCCUUAGAAUUGCCUUGACCCACUGUCAUCAUGACCUUGACGAUGGAAUGGUACUGGUUUCUGCAUGGGAAAAAAAUCAAGAGGAGGAAGCUAAAAUGGCUAAGGCAAAAGCCAACAGCCACAGCACUGCCUCCACAACUCCGAGUGUGGUACCUCAGCCUCAGAAUCUUGAACCUGCUGGGAUGGAUGAAUCUCCUACCAACAAACCUCAGGGUAUUACCCAGUCGAAUGCUUACCGACCAGGACACAGGCCUAAUGCUAAAAAAACAUCCACUGAAGCUUCUCACAGCAAACAAGAAACCAAUGGCAGCAGGGGUGAUGCAACAGGCAGUGAGUCUGCUGCUGGCUCAUCACACCAUCAUGCCAGUGCUCAGCAUGUUACGAGAAUGAGUGAGCAGCUUCUUAACACGACAAAUGACCUACUAAACCAUCUGGCCACAACAGCAACUUGCUGUGCCAAUCAGGAUGAAGAAGUCCUUCACGAAGCUGAAGAGACAAGGCCUGCCAAGACAGAUGACACUUCAAGGAAGCCAGUAGUGACAACUCAACCAGCCAAAGUUACUUCCCCUCCACCCACAGAAACUAGCCAUCAGAAGUUUGCAUCUAAACUCAGAAUGGAGUCUAAAGGACCAGAUGCCAGUUUGUGCAAGGGACCAAAUAGUUCUUUACUGACUUCGGAUUAUACGCAAGCCAAUGGUCCGGAUAAAAAUAACUUUAGCGGACCAGAUCGCAGCAAUGUUUCAGGACCAAAGGGCAGCACAGGACCAGAUGCAACAUUAAGAUGUGGACCACAAAUGUCUCUCCUACUGGCCAGGAGAGAUAACUCCUUGGGUGAUAUUCAUGCUGCCUCCAGUAUUCUAGUUACUGGAACUCGUCUUUAGGUUGAACAUAUUUGUAAAACUGUAAUUUUCUUAAAUCAUGUGCUCUUUAGUCUUUUAAAAAUUAUUCUUUUAAGCCUUAUUAUAUCAGGGCUGCCUACUUGUACAGUUUAGUUAGCCUGUAAUUUUAUGUUUACCAUUUACGUUAUGGAUUUACAAUUAUGCCUUAACUGUUAUUAUUCUAAAAAAAAAUGUAAGUUGUCAUUAGCGUAAAUUUGUGUGGUGUAUUUU